AAAGCGGAGUACCUGGGAUUUAUUAUUGUUUUGUUUUUUUAAUCCAGGAAAAACAUGCAAGCUCCACACAUGAAUGCCAGAGCCAUGAUCGGAAGAAGCAGAAAUCUCAGAACUGAGAUGGAUUUGCUAAGCAGUUGCCCUCCAUCACACUCCAGUCAAGCAAAACAAACAAACAAAAAAAUACAGCACUACAAGCAUAAUGCCAAUUUGAAUGAAUUACAUUUUUUCUGACAUAAUUUUAAAGUUGGCCAUUUUGCAGUUCUAGUCCACCAGUUUUCCAUUGUUAUUGACGAUGAGUUUAAAAAGCCAACUCCUAAUCUGGGUUUAACUGGUUCCAGAGUGUGACAUUUCUGAGAAUCAACCGUGAUUGGUCAGGUUGCCUGUGAUGUCGGACCACAUCCCAUUUUUCCCCUUUUGAGAAGUUUCCUCUCAGAUUCCUUCAAAUAUCCAUGACCGCUAGCACACAUACAAGGUUAUUAUUCAACAUGCGACAUCUGCUUGUGCUUCUCUGUGUGGGAAUCCUGAACCACAUCUCAGAGGCCCUUCUCAUGGAAAAGCUAGCAGACAACAAGAUGUGUGGCGACGCCGAGUGUUCGCACGUUCUCUCCAUGGCCACGGCCUUGGAUGACUUUAUCGCGCCAGACUGCAGAUUUAUUAACAUCAAGAAGGGUCAGAAGGUUUAUGUGUAUUCUAAACUGAUUCCAGAAGAGGGCGGUGGAGUCUUUUGGUCUGGCAGCGUGUACAGUGAUCGCUACGUGGACCAGAUGGGCAUCAUCGGAUACUUUCCAGCUCCCUUGGUGAAGGAGACACUCACGUUUAGAGAGGGCACGGUCCAGAUUCAAACAACAAACAUGGAUUUCCUCUGCGCAUAAGGUGAACAGAUGCUUCCUGUUUGCUUGUUUGAAGAUACCAGCAACUAAUACAUAAAAUAAAAUACACGGUUGUUUCUACAACUACCGGGUAAUCUCAGCUCCACAAAUGCCUGAAGCAAGGUUCACAAAUCCCAAUCGGGCCGAAUUAUAUAUUUUUUCAUCUCUUUCAAUCACUCAGUAAAGGUUUGAUUCACUGA